AUGUGGCAAAUGGUUCCUGAUAAUUGGCAGAUAGAGAUUGUUGUUGGUGGCCAAAAGGUUCUUGCUGGUAGUAAUGGCACUAUUGCUUGGCGUCACACACCUUGGCUCGGCGUGCACGCAGCUAAAGGUGGCGUCCGUCCUCUUCGCCGUGCACUUCAGGGACUAGAUCCUUUAGCAGUAUCAGCUGUAUUCAGUGUAGCACAACACAUGGGAGAGAAACAAAUUGACGGCGUGGAUUGUUUCGUGCUAAAACUCUCGGCCGAUCAAAAAGACCUAGUCGAACGAAGCGAUAACACGGCCGAGAUGAUCAAGCAUGCUAUAUUCGGUUAUUUUAGUCAAAGAAGUGGACUUUUAGUGUACUUGGAGGACUCUUACUUGACAAGAAUUCAAGCAAUAGGGACAAACCCUACAUAUUGGGAAACAUCAAUGUCGACGAAAAUCAAAGACUAUAGAGAUGUUGAAGGUGUUAUGAUUGCACAUUCUGGAUCGACGACCGUGAUAAUAACAAGGUUUGGCGAUAAUCUUAAGGAUGGACCGGUGAUUACUAAGUUGGAAGAAUCAUGGAGUAUUGAUGAUGUUGCAUUCAAUGUUCAAGGUUUGUCUAUUGAUUGUUUCUUGCCACCUCAAGAACUUAACAAAGAUUGUCCACAACAACAUCUUGAUUGGAAAUCAUCCUUGCAUAGAUGA